AUGGACGAGGAUAUGAUGGUUGCCAGACCGGAUGGCUGCCGUUUGGGAAGACGCCACAACGCCACAUGGAGUUUCGGCUCUCCUCCUUCCUCUUCGGCGAUGAUGAUCGACCUCGCAGACGCCUUCUCUCCGGAUGGUUUGCAGUUGAAGCCAUUCACAGUUCACGAUUCCAUAUUUCCUCCGUUCCUGGAGGGUUUUGUUUUCCAAACUCCCAUCGCUCAGGUUCAGGAGUGGGUCUUCGGAAUGGGCCACUCUCCGCAUAUCAAGUGGGUCUCUGGCUGCGAUUCGGGAACCUUGUUUGUCCAUGAUAUCGUGAGUGGACAGAGUGGUUCUUGA